AUGGCGUCUUUUAUGAUCUUGCUAUGGCAUUGCGGCCAGCGCAUUGAAAUGGAGAAACAACAAAGUUCUGCGUCUCACUUCUCUUUCGCUCUGGAUUUGGAUGUCUGGUUUGUUCAGAUGGUAAAUCUCGAGGUCAAAAGUGACAACGCCUACUUUGCUACUCUAGGUUUACUUCCCACGAGGCACCUGCCAAAGCACUACAUAUCAACAGCAACCCAUCACUGUACGGCUAGGUCAACCGAGAUUGGUUUCUACUUCUUCUUCUUCUUCUUCUUCUUCUUCUUCGCUUCUUCCUCUCUCUGUAGACAGAAGACUGGGUGGGUGUUACACGACAUAACAAAGCAAGUGCCCACGAAUUAUGUUAAAGUCUUUAUUUUCGCGCUCGAACUAUCUACUUUCCAGAGCCCUCCCAUGGAACUUUUGGACAGGAUGUCGAGAAAAAUUCAUCCCGUAGCAGAAACCCUGAGUAAUACCACCCGUAACGCCAUGCAAGCCUUGGGCCGCAUAUUGCGGAAAACGCGAAGAGAAACCGGAAAAAUAACCCAUGCCCAGAGGGAGUGUGCCACACAAGUGCCACCACAUCGAAAGCCAAGUAAUAGCCAAAGAAGAGGCCGGAACACCAGGUAUGCAAGGAGAAGACGCCGCAGUACAUCUGAGUAG